AUCUAUGUUAUGGCACAACCUUCAAUAUUAUUUAGUUUAACUUUAAUAUUUUUAAUAUCAAUCAAAUCUUGUGAUGCCAAAUAUCGAACUAGUUUCUUCAAAACACCAAACUGCUCAAUUUAUCCAGAUGCAGAAAAAUGUGAACUCAAUAAGACAUGGACACAAGAGCAAGUUUGCGACUACGUGAACUGUAAUGACAAUGCUUGUGAAGGAGGUGGUUACCUUUUAUGGACACAAUAUGUUGAAUGUGCUUCAAGUACUUUUUCACGGGUUAUACUUAUCAUAGUUGGUGUCAUCUACAUGUUGGUGUUAUUCAUAAUGGUUAGCUCAGCAGCUGAUGACUUUUUCUCUCCUUCUAUUUCAUCAAUUGUCGCUCAUCUUAGAAUCAGUGAAUCUGUUGCGGGUGUAACCUUCAUGGCAUUCGGAAAUGGAGCUCCAGAUGUAUUUGGCUCAAUAGCUUCUGUAUUAAGUAGUCCAACUCCAAAAGCAGAUCUUGCACUUGGAGAAUUAUUUGGAGGAGGUCUUUUUGUAACAACAAUGGUCGUUUCAACAAUUAUUCUAACUUCUCCAUUUGAUGUUGAAGUAUUUAGUACAAUACGGGAUCUUUUAUUUUAUUUAGUUGCACUCUCUUUUCUGGCUUUUUGUUUUGUUUUUUACAAUCGGGUUACGCUUUGGAUGCCGUUGACAUUUCUUGGAUUAUAUUUGCUCUAUGUUAUCACUGUGAUCGGAGCCCAAGCUGUACACAAUCGAAAAAGAAAAGCUCUUCAGAAACAGAAUAGUACAAAGAGCCGAAAAAGUAUAAAAAGUCUACGGAGCCGGAAAAGUAUUCAUAGUGUUGCUCCGAUGCCAGUCAUUCCAGAAAUAGAGGUCCACGACCAAGAAGCUCCAUUCCCUGAAAUCUCAGUUGUUACUGGUGCAAUCGAUAAGCUGAAAGAGCACAUGGCAGAGAAAGCGCAGACAACUCGGCGGUACACGAAAAGAGCAUCUUUUAUGGUUAAUGGAGAUGGAAAUCUGAAUGGUUUACAUCCAUACGCCACACACAAUCAUUUGGGUAUUUCGAGACGAGAAAGCGAGUUAUCAGACGAAGAUGAAGAAUUCGUCGUUAUUCAUGGACAUGUAUUUCAAGGACAUGAAGCUAGGAGUAGAGCUGCAAGUCUUGUACCGGAGCCAAUGCAAAUCAAGAGUUGGCGUUCAAAAGACAUUCUGAAAGAUCUCGCAGAACAUUUGGAUCCUCGUCCAGAGGCUGAGGAUUGGGAGGAGAUGAAUAUAUUCUCGAAAGUAAUGGCGUAUAUUAAUGUUGUUCCAAAUCUGCUCUUCAAGUUGACGAUCCCUUUAAACGAAAUGAGUUGGUCAAAACCAUUAACAUUACUUCAUGCUUUCACUUGUCCAGCUUUUCUAUUAUUCUCAAUACAAUUUUUCCUCGAAACUCCAUUUUCUGGAAGUCCUGGUCUCUGGGUAUACGGUUUGGCAGUUUCAAUUGUACUUGCUAUUCUUAUUAUGGUUUUUACUGAAUUGAGUGUUCAACCGAAAUACUAUAAAGAAAUCUACUCAUAUUCUGGAUUCAUUAUGUCAAUUGCAUGGAUUUAUUUAAUUUCUUCGGAAGUUGUAAAUGUUGUAACAAUGCUUGGAGUUGUUUCAAGAGUAUCACAUGAAGUACUUGGUCUAACAAUUCUUGCAUGGAGUAAUAGUAUUGGAGACUUGAUUGCUGAUGUUUCAGUUGUUAAACAAGGUUAUCCGAGAAUGGCUAUGGCUGCAGCUAUUGGAGGUCCUUUAUUUAAUCUUUUGAUGGGAUUUGGAUUGCCAUUCACAAUUGCUAAAUUACAAGGGAAAUAUAUUUCAAUGACAAUUAAUCCAACCUAUCGCCUUCUUAUCCUUUUCUUGGCGAUUUCUCUACUUGCCACGUUGAUAGGAAUCCCAGUUCAAAAAUUCCGUCUUCAACGUCCACAUGCGGCAGUUUUAAUAUCAAUUUACAUUGCAUUUAUUGUAUUUGUAAUUCUUUCGGAAACCGGAGUUCUUGUAUGGAAUUGAAAGAUUUUAAAUUUAGGAACUUGAUUUAUUGUACAGUUUUGUAAGCCAUCUCUUUUUCGGUGCCAGAUUGUAUUUUUCAGAUUUUUUUGUAUUUUAUGAUUUCUGUUUUGGAAACGGGUUCACUGUUCAUGUUUUGAUAAUUUUGAUGUAGUUAAUAAAUAUUAUAGUUUA